GCCUCAUCCUCGACUUCCCUCCUUUCCUUGACUUCCUCGUUGCCUUCGAUCUGGCGCACUACUGACACGAAGACGCACUGUCUUCUCCUUCCCUCUCCACCAAGCCCUCAGUAAUGUUUUCCAACCAAGGCACAAGUAGCAGCAGUAGCAGCAACAGCGUCGAAGAGCCACUCUACCAAGUAAAACUUUUGUCAGCUCUUCGUAGCGGUGACCCAGCAUUAAUCCACCCAUUUCUCGCCGAGAUUGGCAAGGACAAACGGAAAUCAGCUGAGCAAAACUUCGAUACAGGUGCAGCGGCGCUGCAUCUUGCAGUGAGGUGCGGUUCUGUUGCAACCGUAGCCUUAUUAUUGUCUCAUCGAGCAAUUUCUCCCAAUGGUGUCCACCCUCCAGGUUCUGGAACAACUGCGUUGCAUUUGGCAUCGUCCUUAGGGCGUGUUGACAUUGUCAAUCUUUUACUGGAGCAGGAAGGCAUAGAUGACAGCCUCCCAGACGUCAAUGGGAAGACUUGCACAGACGUGGCGAAAGGACGUGAGGUUAUUCGCGUCAUUGAAGAUUCACGCUCAUUUCUUAAUGCGUCUUAUCGUUCACUCUUGCACAGCUACAUAAUGUCUCCUCUGUCUACUCCACCCUCUUCGGUGCUUCUUAAGCUGCUCGAGUCUCCUCGAGUGCGCUUCGUGAACCUUUCUUACCUUGAUGAUGACUCCGGCGUAUCGUUGCUCCACGAGGCCGCAAGGCGCAAGGAUUUACGCCUCAUUGAGCUGGCUGUCAGGUCUGGAGCAGAUGUCUUUGUACGGAAUCGACGGGGAAAGAUGGCAUAUGAGGGAACUGGAAAAGAUGACCGCGUUCGUGUGUUUCUGCGACAGUUCGCGAAUCAUGAUAGCAGCUUAAUUCAGACUCCCUCAUCUACCGAGCCUCCUGUUCUGAAGGGCUAUCUCAACAAGUACACGAAUGUUGCUAAAGGCUACAAUACUCGGUGGUUUAUCUUGCAAAAUGGGGUUUUGUCAUACUAUCGACAUCAAGAAGAUGAAAACGUCGCUAGUCGUGGCUCCAUAUCUAUGAAGACUGCUAUUCUCAGAAUAUCCACAAUCGACCGCCUGCGUUUCGAGGUGCAUUCUACACCUUCCCGUGGACACCAGUCGGGUGUUCAGAAAUGGUACCUGAAGGCAAACCAUCCUGUCGAAGCAUCCCGCUGGACGCAAACAAUUUCUAAGAGCAUCGAGUGGCACAAGCAUGACAACGAAGGUCGAAGGAGCGGCGAGAGCGAUGCCAAUAGCGUCAUCCCAAAAUCUGUCACAGCUCAUACCCGAAACGAAAGCACCAAACACAGUAACUGGAACGAGGGCGAGUCGCAGUCUCUGGCAAGUUCUCACAGGGGAAGUCCCAAUUUUCAAAUGAACGAACGGGGGUACGAGGAUAUGGACAAUGACGAAUCCUCUGCUUCGGAAUCCAUUAGAAAGACAGUACCGUUUGACUCCAGUUUUGAACUGCACGGCAACUCAGCGUCAGCACAGAUGGAGUUGACGUCACAGCUACUGUCCAACCUCGUUCUUCACUCUGACGCAUCUCAACGGACUAGCGAUUUGCGAAACGCAUUAAAAGAUUCCAUUUCCAUAGUACAGGGCAUGCUGGAUGAAUACAUACAGAUGGUCAAAGUUCGAGAAGAGUGGUUCCGAAAACAGCUGCAGAAGGAGCGAGACAAAUCAACUUUGUGGGAAGAGAGCUUUGCUACCGUCGUUAAAGAAGGGGAGAGUCUCGAGAAAGAGUUGCGUAUCCGAAGUAGAAGGCGCGGCAGCCGCUUUUUUGACGCGACCGAGUCCGGGACAGUGAAACAGCACCAAUCUUUCCUCGCUCCUUACCCAUCUGUUAUUGAAAAAAGUCCAAAACCCGCUCCAGAACCUUUUCAGCUGUUUUCGCCUUCUCCCCACUUGCAGGAUACAGGCACGGCCGAAACCUCGCACCCAACACAUUUAGCUCAACGUUCGGAAACCGAUGAUGCUGCUAAUCCUACAGCAACGAUAGAGGAUAACAGUGCCUUGGACACUGAUGACGAGGACGAAUUUUUUGAUGCGAUCGAGUCGAACAAUAUACCCAACCUGGUAAUACCGGAAUUCCUCGCCAGUCCAACACAUCCGGAAGUAGCCUUGCCUGUCGACCUAACUGCGCCCUAUGCCGGAUAUAAAAAUUUUCGUAUUUCGCUCAGCUUGAAGGAUGAGCGCCCGAACACGAGUCUUUGGUCUGUGCUCAAACACAGCAUCGGGAAGGACUUGACCAAAAUCAGUUUUCCGGUCUUCUUCAACGAGCCAACAAGUAUGUUACAACGGAUGGCGGAAGACAUGGAGUUUUCAGAGUGCCUUGAUGUUGCUGCCCGCGAGCAAGAUCCAUUACUGCGGAUUGCCUAUGUGGCGGCUUUUGCCAUGUCAAACUAUUCUUCCACCAUCGGUCGCAUUGCUAAGCCUUUCAACCCUAUGCUUAGCGAGACAUUCGAAUAUGUUCGAUUCGAUAAGGAAUAUCGAUACAUGUCUGAACAAGUAAGCCACCAUCCGCCUAUCUCGGCUUGCUAUUCGGAGUCUCCUUAUUGGCAUUAUUAUGGCGAGGUCGAUGCUCAAAACAAGUUCAUGGGGAAGUCGUUCGAGAUUAGGCCAACUGGCGUUGCGCAUGCUGAGCUAGCUUUGUCUCCAGAACUUGGUGUCGGAUACCCGAAGGCAAAGGGCAUGACACAAACCGGCAAGGUCCUGGAGCACUAUAGCUGGAAAAAGGUCACUACAAAUGUGUCUGGAUUUAUUCUGGGAUCGCCUACGAUCGAUCAUUACGGGGAAAUGAACGUCGUUAAUCAUCGAACUAAGGACCGCUGUGUAUUGACGUUCAAGCCCCGAGGUUGGCGCGGAAGGGAUGCGUAUGAGAUUUCUGGACAUGUCAUCGAUUCGAAAGGCAAGAUUAGAUAUGAAAUUGCUGGUCGAUGGAACAGCCAACUAAUAGCGCGGGAAGCGGGCGUCGGUACCGGAGUUUUGCAACCCGAUACUUUCAUCGGUGGUACCAAUUCGCCCGCGACUAGAGAAUAUAUUCUGUUAUGGAGAAACUCUGAAAAGCCUCCUGGAUCGCCAUUCAACCUCACGCCGUUCGCCAUAACUCUCAACGAUUGUCCAGAAGAAACACUGAAGCCUUAUUUGUGCCCAACAGACUGUCGGCUGCGAGUUGACCAGCGGGCAUUUGAGCUCGGGAAAUACGAGCUUGCUAAUGGGCUCAAGUCGGAACAGGAAGAUAAACAAAGGGCUACACGGAAGGCCAGAGAAGAUGGAAGGCUGCCUCAGCACCAGCCUAGGUGGUUCACGGCGACCACGGAUAGAGACACCGGUGAAAGAGUCUGGGCGCCUUCUAUGUCAGGUGAUAAUCUGGAAUACUGGGUUCAGAGGGAAAGGGUUUGGAAGGAGAGAUUGAAUGGUGAGGAGGGAGAGUGGCACAACGUGGAAUCUAUCUUUAUUGAAGAGCCGGACUUCCUCUAAUUCGCACAGGUAUUGUAGGUUAUUAAGUUUAUAAUAUGUAUGGUAUCAGCAUUAGCAUGGAAUUGGAUGAGCAAACGGGUUUUCG